GGGUCAGCACUGUACAGCCACAUGUCUCACACAGUUGCAAGGCUUUAAGAGGACGAGGCUCAGAGAAAGGGGAGCUCAGAGAGAGAAAGGGGGAGAGCAUCUGUGUUCACUUCAUUAUCAUCUUCCUCACUCAUUUGGAUUACUGAGGGUCUGAUAGACAGGUCACAUUAUGGGAGGAAAGCUGAGCAAGAAGAAGAAGGGAUACGAUGUCAGUGACCCUAAAGAGAAAAAGGAGGAGAGUGCUGUGGUAGCUACAGCUUCAAAAGAGCAGAAAGCUGAAGCUCCUGAAGCAAACCAGAAUGGAGCUGUGGAGAUCAAAGCAGAGCAAGUGGCCCAAAGUGAUGCAGCUCCUCCUGAACCUCCAUCGGAAGCUCCAGCCGAGCAGACUGCCUCACCAAACGAGGAAGAAGUGAAGGAAAAGCCUGUGGAAGCUGCUUCUGCUCUGCAGAAACUAGCACCUGCCCCAGAAGAGUGUGUACCUGCAAAAGAGGAGCCCACAUCAACUUCAGAAAAAACAGCAGCUGACCCAGAGGAACCUGCACCUGCCUCAGAAGAAAAGGUAGCUGCCCCUGGGGAACCUGCACUUGCCCCAGAGGAACCUACACCUGCCUCAGAACUGGCAGCUGCCACAAAGGACCCUGCACCUGCCUCAGAAAAACCACUAGCUAGUCCUGUGGAACCUGCACCUGUCCCUGAAGAACCAACAACUGCCCCAGUGGAACCGGCAUCUGUCUCUAAAGAACCACUAGCUAACCCUGUGGAAUCUGCUCCUGCCUCAGAAGAACCAACAGCAGCCCAAGUGAAACCUGCCCCUGUGGAAUCUGCUCCUGGCUCUGAAGAACCAACAGCAGCCCCAGUGGAACCGGCAUCUGUCUCUAAAGAACCACUAGCUGCCCCUGUGGAAUCUGCUCCUGCCUCUGAAGAACCAACAGCAGCCCAGGUGGAACCUGCCCCUGUCUCUAAAGAACCACUAGCUGCCCUUGUGGAAUCUGCUCCUGCUUCUGAUGAACCAGUAGCUGUCCCUGUGAAACCUGUACCUGUGUCUGAAGAACCAAUAGCUGCCCCAGAGGAACCUACACCUGCCUUAGAAGAACCAGCAGCACCCCCAGAGGAACCAGCAACAAAUGAAUCAGUUGUUGCCCCAGUGCAAGCUGCUCUAGAGGAACUACCAAUACCUGAAGAGACUGUUUCUGCCCUGAUGGAUGCUGCAGCUCCCUCAGAUGAACUAGAGGAACCAGUUGAAGCUGUUUCUUCCCCUGUACAGUCUGGUGCUGCACCAGAGGAACCUGCCCCUGCCCCUGCCCCUGCCCCAGUAGAGACUGUUGCUGCCCUGGUGGAGCCUACAGCAGAGCAAACAUCAGCUGUACAAGAAGAGACUGUUUCUGCCCCAUUAGGGGCUGAAGCUGCAUCCAGCAAACCAGCAGCUGCCCCAGAACAACCAUCAGUGCCAGUAGAAACUGCUUCUGUCCCACAGGAACCUGUACCAGAGGAUCCUGCCCCACAGGAACAAGCUGUUGCACCUGAGGAAACACCAGCUACACUAGAGGUUGUUUCUUCCCCAGUAGAUGCUGUAGCUGUCUCUGAGGAACCCAUAGCUGCCCCAGUGGAGGCUGUUCCUACCUCACUAGAACCAUUACCUGCACCAGAGGAGGGUAUAGUUCUCUCAGAGGUGGCUGUAAGUGCUCCAGAGGAACCUACAGAUCCAUCACAACAAGAAGCUCUUGAGGAUACAUCAGUUUGUCCAGUGGAGCCUGUAGCUGCCCCAGAGCAGGUUAGAAUUACACCAGAUGAGCCUGUAGCUUCCCCAGAACACUUUGGAACUACCCCAGAUCAGCUUGUAGCUACACCAGAAGAACCUGAAGCUGCUGAAGUGGAGCUUGCAGCAGAACAAGUAGUACAGGAAGCUGUCCAGGAGGUUUUAAAUGCUAUGGAAAUUUCUCAAGUACCAGCUGUGAUUACAGAACCUUCAGAAAUUUUGGAACUAGAAGCAAAACCAGAGGUUUCUGAACCCCUUCCUGAGUCCGAACCAGUUCCAGUAGCACCUUCUGCUUCAGAACCAAAAGCUAAAUAUAAAUCUGUUGCAGAUGCUGAGGAACACAUUCCUGAGAUUGUAAUUUCAGAAUCCAUCUCUGCCAAUGAGAUCUUACCUGCAGAAUCUUGCAGGGUUAUGGAGGACAAGCUGGAAAAUGGAGAAUGUGAAAGCACUGGAUCAGAAGAAGAACCUUCACCAGCUGUACCUAAAGAAAAUGGAGUGUGUCAGGAGCAGGUGAUGGGAGAAGCUCCUGUAGAUGCUCCACUACAUGGUCCAGUAGAUGCUCUGGUAGCUGAGCUUCAUGAAAAGGAGUGUGUGAACGGCGUGGUGGCUGAACAGGAACUUAACUGUGAAUUGAAAAAGGACUUAAACAUGGCCGGUGAUGUUGGAGACAUGGUGGAGUGUCUCAGUGCCGCGGUGAGCCAGGCUGUAGAUACGGCAUGAACAAACCCACCAACCCUUCACAUGUGAAUUCCAUCCUGAAGAUUAACACUAAAGUCCUCCAUCAAAGCAGCUUCCUGAAAUAUAAAUGUCCAAAUUGCCUUCACAGUGACUCAGGUGCAGGAACAGGGAGUUUAUAACCACUGAAGAACAAGAGAUGAAGAAUAGAGAGAAUUACUGAGAAUCAAGAAGGAGAAGAAGAAGAUGUAUUUCGCUAUGUUGUGUUUGGUGCUGGCGAGUUUUAACUGCCUGAGCUGGUUAAAUAGAAAAAACAGGAAAAUGUGAAUGCUGGUUAAUCAAACAAAAAAAUCCACACUGGACAUUAACCUUUCAAAAAAAACAACAAUUAAAAAUGAAUAAUUCUUGUGUUUGCUUGUGAGUCUGAUGAAAAUGAAAGUGGUUUUUGGAUUAGCAUUUAAAUAUACAUAAUCAAAUUUAGACUUUGACAUAUCCUUUUCUUAUCCACGUAACAAAGUAAUGAAGUUGUAAGUUUUAAACGUUUAGAGCCGAAACAGUGAGGAAUUUUCAUUUUAACUUUGAUAGCUUGCCUUAGAAUAUAAAGCAAAAAAAAAAAUGAUAUGUUAAACUUGGAUCUUUAAUUUCUAUUUCUAAUUAUUCUGGGGAAUGCCUGAGACUAAACCAGUCUGUUUCUGUCAUAUUUAAAUGUGUAUUUGAAAUAAACUCCUGACCACCCGGGGGCAGAAAUAAAAUAAAAA